GCCAGGAGAGCGAAAGGGGAGGGGAGAAGAGGGCAGGGGAGGGGUUACGAGCCCAGUCCCGCGGAACAUCCUGCGACCACAUCUGAGAGAGUCGGAACGAAGCUCGGCAAGGUCCCCUCACCGCCAACUUCUCUUGCUGCGCGCCGAUCGUCGCUUUCGUGCCCAGUCGUUUAAACCCCGGAGCAAGCGCGGGCCGGUUGUCCUGGUACCCGCUCUGCGAGUCGCAGGCUCUCCUGGACUUAUGUUUUUAUCUCUGGACGCGCGGUGGUGGGACAUCCGGAAUGGGGAAUCCGUAGGAGAAGACUGCGCUGGCUGGUUUUACUGUUUGCGAUAAAAAACAAGAGAACGCAGGCGCGCAGACGCGCUGGCCCGCAUAGCCUACGCACGAGAUGGACUUCAAGAAAACAAAAUUUGGAAAGUUCAUGAACUGCAGGGUGCCAGCCAGCAAGAGAUACCAGCCCACUGAAUAUGAACACGUUGCAAACUGUGCCACACAUGCGUUGUGGAUUCUUCCCAGUAUGGUCGGUGGGUCCGUCCUCUACUUUCUCUCCGUGGACCGAUGGCAUCGUGUCGCUGCCUGGCUCUAUGGGAGCGGCCUCACCGGCUUAUUCAUCACCUCAACUCUUUUCCAUACUGCUGCCUGGAAAAUCAGCCACCUCAGGAAGGUGGAGCAGCGCUUCCACAUGUGUGACAGAAUGGCCAUCUACUUCUUCAUCGCAGCCUCCUACUCUCCAUGGUUGAUGCUGAGGGAGCUGGGACCCUGGACGUGCCACAUGCGCUGGCUCAUCUGGGUCAUGGCGUGUAUAGGAUCGGCGUAUGUCUGCUUUUUCCAUGAGAGGUACAAGCUGAUCGAGUUGCUGGGAUACGUGGCCAUGGGGGCUGUUCCUGCUUUGGUCAUUCUCUCUAUGGUGGAGCGCACAGGUGUGUGUGAACUGGCCGUGGGAGGUGUCUUCUAUGGAGUAGGCGUGGUCUUCUUUAAGAGCGAUGGCCUUGUGCCAUUCGCCCAUGCGAUCUGGCAUCUAUUUGUGGCCGUUGGAGCAGGCAUUCACUAUUACGCCAUCUGGAGGUACCUGUAUUUACCGGGGACACAGCUGCAGACGUCGAGAUUCACCCACGUGACACAGAUGAAAAGGCCUGAAGCAGCAGAGGAAAACAUUAUACUGCCAGUAACAUUGUCCAGCAUGACUGAUUUGGUGGUAGAUCAGACAUAGUCUGGGGAGCCAUAUCCUCUACAGGCAACGGCACCAUGACUGCCAUUUGGUGUUGGGAUGAAACCUUUGGACCUCACAGACCCUACAAUGGUGCAGUGUGUACUGGGUUCCUCCUGCUGCAUGACAAUGCCUGGCCUCAUGUAGUAAGAGUAUGCAGGCAGUUUCUUGGAGGAUGAAAGACUUGAUACUACUGACUGCCCGCGAUUCUCACCAAAUCCACCUCUGGGACAUCGUGUUUCAGUCCAUCCGACACCACCAGGCUGCACCUCAGAUUGUCCAGGAGCUCAGUGAUGUCGUGGUCCAGAUAAAGAUUUCAGGGUAUCUUUGAAUUCAGCCCUCUGUAGGUUGAUCAUUUUAAUUUCCUUCAAACGAUGUGUCAUCUUUUGGUUCCUCAUUACCCGUUCCAUAUGGUUUUCUUUCCCACUGAGAUAUUUUGUGUAUUUUAAAGUGUUCCUUUUGUCCACACCAGCUGCUCAACUGUUGGUCACGACUAUUCUGGGCAUUAUUUUACAAGCAUGAGGUUACUGGAAAAUCAAUAAAGAAACCAGAGUAUCACUAUUUUUAUGCCAGACUAGUAAAACUGUAAGAGUCUUAUCGAUCUUCUCAUCUUUACAAGAAUAUAUAUGCACUUUCCCAAAAUAAUGAAGCUUUACUUACUGGCAUAUCUGUUACUGAGCAUUCCUAAGCUGUUAAACUCCCUACUUUCAGUAAUCCAACCACAACUAAUGUGCCAAAACUCACUACACAGGAAUCCCUUUCUGCUGUUGGUGCUACAUCCUUGGUCGGUGGUAAAAUAUGACAGUCAGGAAGUCGCCCAACAAAGCUGCCAUUGACAGGCUUUCAAUAUUGAUUUGGCUGUAAAAGCUGUUACAGAUUUUUACCACCUUAUGUGACCCCUUGAACAUUUAUGGACGAUCUGAGAACUGUCGACAUUGCCUGGGACGAAGCUGAAGCAGUCGCUGCUGACCGACAUCGAUGGAGAUCACUAGCUGCCCGAUGCGCCGCUCGGCGUAGGAGGAACUAAGUGCUAAGUAAUGUGACCCCUUGAGAGGAUCUGCUUUUGACUUCUGUUCAUUUUCACAGUACAUGCACGACCCCUGGUUUCGUAAUUAAACAUACUCAUCUUUGGCCGACUGAGACCGAAUUAAGCAAUCUGCAGACAGACUUUAAGGUCACACAUGUCUGUGUGACACACUGUAGCCAGACUGUAAAUGAUCAACCUGAUGAUAAGAGACGCGAGUAGAACCAGCUACUCGUGUGUGGCUGUGACUCAGCUUUGAGUUUUAUUUUUUUUGACUUGUGUUCCAAUUUAAUUUUCCUAAAACUGUCAUUUGAUUUAAAAGACAAAGAAGUCCGUCUCAUUAUGAAAAUGUCAAGGUCUAAUGCAUUUCGUGUCCCGUUCAGGGGAAUUUUAAUGCCAGUUGUUUUGUCUAAAUGGUGCGCUCUUGACUUCUGAGCACUUUUCUAUCAACACUGAUGUGUAACGUAGAAUUUGCUACAGUCCUCUGACUACGACAGAAUCAACGUAGCUCGUAAAUGCAAAUUUCUAUUUCCACAUUUCAAGAUUUUCUUAACUUCUAGUACUUUCAUUACUUCUGUUUUAAUUCUUGAAAACAGAGCACCUACUCAGGAAAUGAGCAAUUUU